CGGGUCGUUCUCGCCGUUCCCUCCGCAGCCGAUACCGCCCGCGCUCGCUCCCGCCCCCGGCGCGACACCCGCUUCUGCGAACGGGGAGGCGGCGGCGUCUGCCCGCAGCGAGCGGGGAGCGGCAGCGCCCGGUGGGGCUGGGGAGAAGCGGCGGGAACGGGGUCUCCUCUCGUUUCCUCACCGCCGGUCUCGGGAGGCGGCGGCGGCCAGGGGAAGGGAGCCCGGGGGAGCCUCGGCUGCGGGCCCCGGCAGCGGGGCGGCCGCGCCCCGAGGCAGGACGAUGCCGGUGAAGAAGAAGAGGAAGUCCUCGGGGGUGGCGGCGGCGGCGGACGAUACCGGCCUCAAGAAAUGUAAACUCGGCAGAUCACAAGCAUCUGGUAAAGUAAUAAGUGGAGAGGAGCAUUUUUCAAGCAAAAAGUGCCUGGCUUGGUUUUAUGAAUAUGCAGGUCCUGAUGAAGUUGUAGGCCCUGAAGGAAUGGAAAAAUUCUGUGAAGACAUCGGUGUUGAACCUGAAAAUAUUAUUAUGUUAGUUUUAGCCUGGAAACUAGAGGCUGAAAGCAUGGGAUUUUUUACCAAGGAAGAAUGGUUAAAAGGAAUGACCUCAUUACAGUGUGACUGUACAGAAAAAUUACAGAGUAAAUUUGACUUCUUACGGUCACAGUUGAAUGACAUUUCAUCCUUUAAGAAUAUCUACAGAUACGCCUUUGAUUUUGCAAGGGAAAAAGACCAGCGAAGUCUUGAUAUUGAUACUGCAAAGUCCAUGUUAGCUCUUCUACUUGGAAGAACUUGGCCACUGUUUUCAGUAUUUUAUCAAUACCUGGAGCAAUCGAAGUAUAGAGUUAUGAACAAGGAUCAGUGGUACAAUGUACUAGAGUUCAGCAGGACUGUUCAUGCAGAUCUUAGCAACUAUGAUGAAGAUGGUGCAUGGCCUGUACUUCUGGAUGAAUUUGUUGAAUGGCAGAAAGUUCGUCAAGCGUCAUAGCAAAAAUUCAAAAGAAAAUGCAAAAGUUUUUUUUGUGCCCGCCUGUACACAAAGUAAUGAGAAAAACAAAGGAUUGCAUUUUCAUUCAUAAGAAAGACUUUGCAGUAAUUUUUUUUUUCCUUUUUUAAGGAGACUUUCUUGUUACAUGUGAUAUGGGCAUUGAACCACACCUCUUCUGAGACUGAAAGUUGGAGUUCUUGUUUUGAGUCUUAUGUUUAUAGCAUUUAUUUCAGAACAAUAAAGAUUCAGAUUUGUGACAAAGGCUUAAAUGUGAAGGAUGUCCCUUGAAUGUGAGUGUGGUGUCUAUUUUUAAAACCAAAUCUAUAAGAUAUCUUUCUCAGAAGUGCCCUUUGCUAUGAAUUUUUGAAGACCUUAAAAAUGCUUAAUUAGUGCUGUUGCUUGCUGUUGGUUUGAUUGUCUGUGUGGCAAAUAUUAGAAAGAAUGAGUGAUUUUGGAAGCCCCGGGUGGGAUUGUGCUAAUUUAUGUAGUAAGUAUUGGUUAUGGGUUGUGCCACAGUUUUCAGCUCCUCGUGGAGAUAAAGGCCUUAAAGUCCUGCUUUUGGUUUUUAUUUCUUUGUUUACUCCCCACCCAGUUGCAUGGCAUUUAAUGGCAGGCCCUUUCAAAGCAGAAGGGUGUGGAGCAAAUGGCUCUGUGUGCAGAAUGGCUGAAAACUAGUUGUGUCUACUUCAGAUGCUGAACACAGAUACUCUUUGGUACAGCAAGGCAGCUUCAGAUUUUUACUGCUAUUUAGGCUUUUUGGAUUGCUUUGUACAAGUGCAAUUUAUAUUCUAAAAGGGAAAACUGGGAAGUCUUGGUUUCAAGCUUUGCUUCUUAAGUGUUUUAGACUGGAGGCACUCAUAACAUGACUUUUUUUUUUCUCUGGAUGGUUUUCGUAACAUAAAUCAAGAAGCAACUGUUUCAUCACCUACUUUUGACCAAGUAGCAUGCUGUAUGUAACAGGAUAUUACAUGUCAUCCUGUUACUUGUGUUCCGAGUCCAAAAACUGUGAUUGCCCUUUUAGGCAUUCAGUAUUCAUGACAGCCUUUAAAUACAGUAGAAGUUUCUCACUCUACCUCCAUACCCAGGAGACCCAAUGCCACCCUUGAGAAGGAAAGGGAUUUUAAUCAGUAAAUGUGAAAAACCAAACCACAAUGAGUGAAUGAAGCAUUUGCAACUUCUGCUUUAUUAUAUAAAUGCAUAAUACAGACUGUGGUAAUACCAGGAGACUCAAUCAGUGAUCAAGGCCUCAGUGUGCCAAAUAUUUUAAUAAGUGUAAUAAGAAUAGACAAUGUAAAUUAGGCAUGACUUGAAGAUCUUUGCCUCAGGGAAAUUACUUCUGUUUUGCACAUCCCUUAGUCAGAGUAACAAGCAUAAGUUUUCCUGUCCUUAAGGAAAGCUGUCUUUCCAAGAUGAUUUUUUUUAAGAAGGAUAGAGAAAAAAGGAAAGGUAUGAAGAGAAAUCAAGUUAUAAACUUGUGCUGUGUGCCUGUGCUCUUGUGCUACCAAGGACCACAGCUGUAACUUCUCUAGAGAUGUGCUUGCUGUGGGGGCUGCAGGACACAGUGCAGUGGUGGGCUGUUCUGCGAGUCACCUUGAUCUGUAGAAGCUUGAUUUCACCCAAGUGAGAAAAGCACCAGAGGAAAAAAACCAAACAACUGUUGAGAUACUUGGAAGAUUUCUGCUUGUGCAAUGGCUAGUGUCUGUGUGCAUGUAAACAGAUGCACUACAGCUGCUCUAAAUUUUUUUUCACCUAUUUUACAGAAAGUACUGAAUUUUAAACCUUGUGUAAGCUGGAGUAUUUCCCUUCAAUAUGUUACAAGUGAUCCAUUUGUGUUGCUGAUAAUUCUGAUUUCACUCAUAGCAGAGUGCCUUUCAUUUAGGAAUUGCCCUUCCCCGCAGAAAUCUUGUGCCAGAUUGAGAUUAAUUUCAACAGUCCUAAGACCUGCUGGUACAGUAAGGUCCUAAGAUGCACAGAUGCACCAUGUAAGUGAUGUCAAGGGACAUACUGCUGUAUACUAAAUCUCUUCAGGGAUGCUGAUUCUGAAAUGACUUUUGAGUUCACUGCAAUGACUCUCCAUGCAUACUGUGUUUAGUCCCCACUAGGGUGUUCUCUUUCCAAAAGUUUUGGAAUACUGGUCAGAAUAAUCUUUUCUAGCUUGAUUUUAAAAAAAUCAUUGCUUUUAGGUAACUGCAAACUGUUGUGAAUUCAGUUUAAACCAUUUGGUCCUAGAGGAUGGUAUUAGAGUGUAAAAGUAGGAGUGAUGCACCUACCAAUCUGAGUCAAGUACUUGCCAUUAAGGUGUAAGACACUAUGUGAUGUAUCAUUUGUAUCUGUUAAGGUUUUAUCAGUAUUUCUAUAAUAAAUACAUGUUUCAGGGAUUUAUGA